CAAUCCAAGACGCUCGAAUACCCAAAAACAAAAAAGAAAAGUCGACCAGCUUUCCUGGCUAGAGCUAGCUUGCUAAACUGAAAGAAAAAAAAAACGUCGUGUUGCAGUAAUGAGGCGGAAGAGGCUGUGAUUGGGUGUAAGCCAAUGUUUCUGAAAGCAUCCGAUAAGGUUCCGUUCUCCGUCUUCUCGGUGAUUGAUUGGGCUCAUAGGCUGUGGAUCGUCUGAUCUUUGGAGGUGGACGACGGUUGUUCCUGUGCUCGAAAGGAGACUGCUGUUCUGAAUCUUGUGCGCUAGGCUAGCUAGCGUGGUACCGGAACAAGCGCCAGCCAGGUAACAUGGCCGCCGUAUAACCAAGAGGAGUGUGAGGGGAGGCGGAGAGCACAGCAGAGUGACAGAGUGACAGCGGUUGAGGUCCAGCAAUGGAUGGGUGGAGGGGUCUUGCUGAGCCAAAUGAGCCGAAGCUCAAACCUGUGCCCAUCAAACCCCAGCUGGACAAAGAGAUCCAGCACAGCAGGCAAGAGGGGGAGGUUGAGCCCGUUGAACCGACGCCUAUCAUUGUGAAAAAAGAGGACAUAUCCGAUGUGCCUUGCAAGGUUCCCAAAUUCCAGUAUGUGGACUUCCCCUCCUUGCACCAGUGCAUCCAGCAGUUAGCCAUACCCCCGCUAGAGAGCUGGCUGGCGAGAUGCCCAGCGGGUUGGCCUCCGAGCGGAGGCUCCAGAGACGCUACGGAGAGAGUCCCGAAAUUUAAGUACGUGGACUACCCUUCACUGCACCACUGCAUCCAGCAGCUCUCUGUGCCACCCCUGGAGAGCUGGAGCUCGGGGCUGCCGCGGUCAGUGGGUAGCCGUGGCCACAGGCUGGGAACAGAAACACUGGCUCCGCCUGGCACUGCGAGCCAAGAGCGCGGCAGCCUGGUAUCAGGGCACAAACAGGGCACAGACGCUGCCCUCCCAGGGCCCAGUCCUGGUCCCGUCCAGAAGAAGGCCGUCUCGGACACAAAGUCCCGCAAGCCCCAGCGUUCACUGCGUGUCAUUGACAAGCCCGAGGCCAGACCGCUGAUUGGCUCAGACAGAGGGCAGCCCUGCACAGAGGUUACCAAGGGCACUGAGUUCCAAAGGCCUAACGUUCUGGCCUCUGGCAGGGAAACGGCCCAAAUGAAGGCCGGUAAAGGGAGGCAGCCCACUGUUAACAGCAUGUAUUUGGACCUGGAGUCAGACCAAAUACAGCUGAGGGCCCGACUAGAGCCCAGAGACUCUGACAAUCCUGAGGAGUCCUUCUGGAGAACCGUUACAGAGUCUGUUUGUCCAUUUUGCCAAAAGAUGUUCACCGAUCCGGAGGAGUUAAGAGUUCAUCAGAGGAUCCAUCGAGAUAAGAAGGCACACUGACAUCUUAACCACAGACCCACCCCCAGCUGACUGCCUGCGAGGACCUUCACACCACGCCUGCCUUGACUGUGGAAGUGCACGAUGAGCCUGGGUGGCACCCAAACAAAGGCCCGAUGUCCCAGCAGCCUCUCAACACAUGCAAGAGGACAGGCCGCAGCACUCCUACGCAGAUGUACACCCUGCUGUCUCUUAGGGGAAACUGCACCCUAAUCUUACUGUACUUUGACGAUAACAACAUAAAUCACACAAUUUAAUUAUCGUAAAUAAUUCCACUGUGGUAUCUUUUUUCUUUUUUUUUUUUUAAUCAGUGAAGGUGCCGCUUCCGGUAUCUGAAGUACACCUCUUUGACUCAGCCAUGUAUCAAUAGUAUUGCGAGUGGGUGUGAUUGUCCCAGUGUUGAAAGCACAUGAGUUUGGCAGAGUUUUCCACGAUGGGAGAUUGAUAUCUAGAAUAUUUGUAUUUGCAAUUUGAUUUGAUAUUUUACCAUAUUAUCAGUGGGCAUCUAUUUACCAUCAAACAUAGAUUUUAGUGUGACGUUCCUCUUUUACUGUUGACAGAUGAUGCAAAACUCCUCUGAAAUGUUUGAGGGUGGCUCAUGAAAGGUUUGGAGAUGGGGGCUGCUUGGUGUAUUAUCCUGUUAAGCCACUGUUCCUGUGCAUGUACAGGCUACAGUCUGGUAUGAAAUUUGGACCGUGUCAGUGUUGACCUUGGCUGACAGCCCCACCAAUUUUGCAUCACCCAGGGUUGGGAAGACUUCAGUCAGCUAGGAUGCCAUCUCAUCCCGCACCAAUGAUGCCCACUGGUCCGUAAGUCCACCUGAAACCUGAUACUACGUUUUGAAGUAUUUUAUAAUACUUUUUUUUGGUUGCAGUAUUUUAGUUUUAGUGUAUGUUGGUCAUUGGCCCAGAGAUUGUUUUGUGAGAGAAAGGAUAUUACAGAGGUUUUUGAUGGCCUGACCGCUUCACAAUAGUGGGUAUCGGGCCUUUCAGGAGUUUCUGGUAAAGCAAGAAUGUACAGAGUAACUGCAAUGGAGCCUGUACAGCAAUGUUUUGCCUCCAAAAGUUGAAUGUGUAUAUUUCCUGAUUACCUUUUAAAAUAUAUACUUGGUUAGAAAUAUUUCUGAUGGAACAUGCAGCCUGACACCAUUGUGCUCAACGAAAGAAGUGGUUCAGCUUCCUUCAGGCCAAAUAAAUAUGUUGCUGAAACUUUGUUUUGUUUUAUUUUAUUGAGAAUUGAGAAGGAUAGAAUUUUCAGAACAAGUAUUUAAGUAUAUUUGAAGUGGACAUGAAACUCCUCAAUGCCCUGAUACCUAGCCAGCACAGUAAAGCCAGCAGGUUGUUUGAAACUUAUGUAAGUAUUAAAAGUUUCAUCAUUGCACAAUGUAAUUGUCUGGGAAUAUCGGAAAGCAUACACAAAAAAGUAAAUAUUAUCCUGAAUAAGUUAUCCCUUUAAGCUGCACAUUAAGUUUAUUCUGACUCAUGUCUAUGUGACCCCCUACUUGCGAACUGCGGUGUUAUAAGGUACAGUAGUUGAUAUCUAAAACAUCUAAAAAUGACUAGAGCAGGGGCCUCCAAACAAAAGGGCCAUGGGUGCAGGUUUUUGUCUUACCCCAGCACAAGGCACCUGAUUCUGCUCAAGGUCUUGACUCAAGAUUAGUUCAUGAUUAACUAAUUAGUUGAAUCAGAUGCCACAGCGCUGAACUAAAACAAAAACCUGCACCUACACCUGUCCUUUUUGAAUAAGAUUAGACUCCCUUGGUCUGGAGAGCAGUUCCUAACAAUAAAUUAUGAGAACAGGGGGAGAUGACUGUAGCUGCAAUCCUGGGACACACAUAUCUUUAUUCACCAAAGUUUCUUUAUCCCUAAUUUGGCUUGUAUGACAAUAUGCCAUCGAUUCUCAUGUCUCAAAUGUCAAAAACUAAAAAAAAGAAACUUACAUCUUGAAUGGUAUAAUAUUUGAGGAUUUUGCCAAAUGUUUCUUUAAAGAUACACAUUUUGUUUUUCUGUGUAUGCUUUUGUGGAGUAUAUUCAGCCAAUCAAACAAUCAAAUGUUAUAUCUUGGUGGCACUCUUGAAGACAUUUUACCUUACAGCUUUGAUUAGAUGACAGCCUGAUAUUCUUUCAGAAGUGUUGAAAAAACUAUUGGAAAAAACUAAAACAAAAGGGGUGCCUCUGUAGCCAUGGGUUUUGCUUACUCCACAAUAAGCUAAACAAGGAAAAUAAUCACAAGCUUUAGGACAUGUAAUCUAAUGAUUUUUUGUUUAUAUUUUAGUAUUUUUAAUGAUAAUUCAGCCAUGCUUAGUCUAGAUUAAUGUGCGCUUUUGUUUAGUGUUGUUUUAAGAUGUUUCAUUGUAUGUGUGCAUUAAAUACAGUUUUUACAAAACCAA